AUGUCGUGGUAUAACCCACAAGUGAACUAUGGUCCUCCGGGAUAUCCCCCACCUCCGCAGCAAUACCCCCCUCCGAAUUAUGCCCCCCAACAACCAUACGAACAAAUGUCUGGAUACGGUGGACAUCCAGGCGGAGGCUAUCCGCCACAACACCAUCACCACCAUCAGCAACAGCCAUCUUAUCAAUAUGGUCAGGUUCCGCAACAACGAUACGGGGGCUCGAUGUAUCAAGGACAACAAGACAUGAACGCAUAUCAGAACCCCUACCAUCAGCGCGGCCAUGGUGCUCCCCCUCCUCCUCCAAGUGGACCCGUCGCAUUCGGUCACGGUGCCCCGCAGGGCUAUAAUUUCCAGUACUCUCGCUGCACCGGGAAGAGAAAGGCCCUCCUGAUCGGAAUCAACUACUUCGGCCAAAAGGGUCAGCUCCGUGGCUGCAUCAACGAUGUGAAGAACGUGUCGGCAUACUUGAACCAGAACUUUGGCUAUGCGCGGGAGGACAUGGUUAUCCUUACCGACGACCAACAGAAUCCCAUGAGUCAGCCGACGAAAGCGAAUAUCUUGCGGGCGAUGCACUGGCUGGUUAAAGAUGCUCGACCGAACGACUCACUUUUCUUCCACUAUUCAGGCCAUGGUGGUCAGACCCCAGAUGAGGACGGAGACGAAGAGGAUGGCUACGACGAAGUUAUCUACCCCGUAGAUUUCCGACAGGCCGGUCAUAUAACGGAUGACGAAAUGCACCGGAUCAUGGUCAACCCACUCCAGCCAGGCGUGCGGCUUACCGCCAUCUUCGAUUCGUGCCACUCGGGUUCUGCAUUAGAUCUACCAUACGUCUACUCGACUCAAGGUCUACUCAAGGAACCCAACCUGGCCAAGGAGGCUGGCCAGGGCUUGCUGGGAGUGGUCUCGGCCUAUGCGCGCGGUGACAUGGGCAGCGUGGUCAGCACUGCCGUCGACUUCUUCAAGAAGGCGACCAAGGGCGAGCAAGCCUACCAACGAUCCAAACAGACCAAGACCAGUCCGGCGGAUGUCAUCAUGUGGUCUGGCAGCCGGGAUGACCAGACCAGUCAGGAUGCCAGCGUCGCCGGCCAGGCAACUGGCGCUAUGUCAUGGGCCUUUAUCACUGCUCUCAAGAAAAAUCCUCAGCAGAGCUAUGUACAAUUGCUGAACAGCAUCCGGGACGAGUUGGCUACGAAAUACACUCAGAAGCCACAGCUGAGCUCGAGUCACCCCUUGGAUGUCAACCUCCUUUACGUCAUGUAG